AUGAAUUUGGACAAGAGCUGGACUAAAAUCACUAAUAAGUUUGAUCGAAGGUUCAUCAAUGGAGCACUAGGUUUUGCAAAAAUGGGUGAAAGAUACAUUGAUAGUCAAGGCAAUAUGCAUUGUCCAUGUAAGGAGUGUGUAAAUGCUAGAAGACAUGUGCCUUCCGUUGUUGCUACUCAUAUAAUUCAUAAAGGUUUUGAUCCAACAUACGACGUAUGGCUAUAUCACGGUGAGCAUUUGCCUGGUUAUGAAUCAGACGGAUCAGACAGUGAGUUUGAACAAACUGAAAGUGAAUUAGAUGAUGACGGUGAAAGACAGUUACUUGAUGAUGCAUUUCCAACAGGCGGUGAAAGCAUAGCUGAAAACAUUAAGGAAGAUGCGGAACAAAACCAAAAUCCAAAUGUAGAAAAGUUAUUUGUUGAUAUGGAGAAGCCUCUAUACCCGGAAUGUGAUGAGUUUUCCGUAUUGGGCUUCUUACUGGAGCUGAUGAAUGUAAAGAUAUCAUGUAAAAUGACUAAUGUGGCAAUGGAUAUGAUUUUGGAUUUAUUUAGCCGAGCUUUCAAGGAGGCAAACUUUCCCAAAAAUCAUUAUCAAGCCAAAAAGUAUUUACGUACUCUUGGACUAGGAUACCAAUCUAUCCAUGCUUGUAAAUAUGAUUGUGCAUUAUUUUGGGAAGAAAAUAAAGAUUUAGAAAAUUGUCCACGUUGCAACACUAGUCGUUAUGAAGAAAAGAGUAAUGGGAAGAAGAAACCAGUUAAAGUCUUGCGUUACUUUCCCAUCACAAGUAGACUGAAGCAUUUAUAUGCGUCAAGGCACACUUCUAAGGAUAUGUUGUGGCACCAUCAGAACAGAGCUAAAGAGGAGGGGGUUCUUAGGCAUCCGGCAGACGGAAAGGCAUGGAAACACUUUGAUACAUUGUUUCCUUAUUUUGCAAAUGAUCCUAGAAAUGUUCGUUUGGGGCUUGCAAGUGAUGGUUUCAAUCCUUUCGGGGCAAUGAGUCUUUCAUAUAGUAUGUGGCCUGUUGUGAUCAUACCAUACAAUAUGCCACCUUGGAAGUCUAUGGUAGAUGCUUCAUUUAUGCUGACAUUGUUAAUUCCAGGACGCGAUUCACCGGGAAUGAAUAUUGAUGUAUUUUUGCGUCCACUCAUUGAUGAGUUGAAACUUUUAUGGGAUAAGGGUGUUGAAACAUAUGAUUGUGAGUUAAAAAAGACAUUCAACAUGCGUGCCGCACUUUUAUGGACAAUCAAUGAUUUUCUUGCAUAUGGUUAUCUGUCUGGAUGGACCACGAGUGGAUACAAGGCAUGUCCAACAUGUAACAAUGAUGCUUGCAGUAUAGGUAUACGGGAUAAAAUAGCGUACGUGGGUCAUAGGCGAUUUCUUCCAACCAGUCACUCAUGGAGGAAAUCACUAGACUUUAAUGGGAAGAGGGAGACUAGGGAUGCACCUAAACCUAUCAGCGGAGAUGAUUGCUUACGACAGUUGGAACGUAUGAAUAUACAUCAACAUGGUAAACAUCCUGCUCAUGCAGGAACUAAAAGAAAACGGAACAACGAGGAUCCAAAUUGGUCAAAGAAAAGUAUCUUCUUUGAACUCCCUUAUUGGCCUGAUUUGCUAAUCCGUCACAACAUUGAUGUGAUGCAUGUUGAAAAGAAUGUGUGUGAGAACGUGUUAGGAACCCUAUUAGACAUAGAUGGAAAAACAAAAGACACAAACAAAGCUCGAAUGGAUUUGGAAGAUAUGAAUAUACGUAAAGAGCUUCACUUAGUAAAAAAUAAUGAUCGCUUGCUUAAACCCCAUGCUUCGUACGUUUUAACUCGAGAGGAGAGAAAACAUUUUUGUAAUCUAGUCAAGUCUGUGCGUUUUCCAGAUGGAUUUGCAGGAAAUUUUGAAAAAAAUGUGAUUGCUGAUCAAGGAAAGAUACAUGGGCUUAAAUCACAUGAUUGCCACAUUUUACUACAACGCAUAAUUCCUAUUGCAAUUCGUCCUUUUAUGACAAAACAGAUUCGAGAUGCAUUAACAGAGUUGUCUCGGUUUUUUAAGAAACUUACUGAAGCGACAUUGUAUGUGACAGAGUUAGAAGCGUUGCAGAAAGAGAUAGUUUUCAUUUUAUGCAAGCUUGAAAGAAUAUUUCCUCCAUCUUUUUUUACAAUCAUGGUGCACUUGUGUGUGCAUCUUCCUCAAGAGGCAAUUUUAGGAGGCCCUGUGCAAUCAUGGUGGAUGUAUCCAAUCGAAAGAUACCUUGGCCAUUUAAAGAGAUAUGUAAGGAAUAAAGCUAAACCUGAAGGGUCGAUAGCAGAAGGUUAUGUUGUUGAAGAAGCUAUGACAUUUUGUUCGCAUUAUUUAAGAGGUGUUGAAUCAAAGUUUUACAAACGUGGCAAGAAUGAAGAAAAAACAUAUAACGACGGUAAAAGCUUUGCAUUGGAUAUUUUUAGAUUAAAUGGCCGAGGUGUUGGGAAGAAAGAAGUUUGUGUCCUUCCGGGUGAUCAUUUGAAAAAAGCAAUGUGGUUUAUCUACAACAAUUGUGAAGAAAUUCAACCGUACUUGGAAGAACACUUACAUUCAUUACAAAGUCAACAUCCUGAUUUGUCAGAUUUUUCCAAGAUGCAACAAGCGAUAUUCCCGAAUUGGUUUGCAAAACGGGCUUACGAGGUUAAUUCUCAAGAUCCAUCCCAAAUUAAUGAGGAGUUAUAUGCGGUGUCUUGCCUUCAAGAUCAUCGAGUGUCAAUUUACAAGGGAUACAUAGUGAAUGGAGUAAAAUAUAUAGUUAAGUCAACAGAUGACUGCAGGCGAACACAAAAUUGUGGAGUUACUGUCCAAGGAGUUCAUAAUGAUGUUGAAGACGACUAUUAUGGAUAUAUUGAUGAGGUAAUUGAAUUGUCAUUUAUAAAAGAUUGUCGUGUUGUAAUAUUCAAAUGCACAUAG